AAGGAGAGAAAGAGGCUUGUUCACAGUAAAAGACCAGUUGACAGUUUUGGGGAAGGCAUAAAGACAAAGAAAUCCAGACACAAUUAGCUAGCAAAAAGUGAGAGGAACUGAACUGUUUAAUGGAAGGAAUACUCAAUAUGGCUCGCAUCAGGCGCUACUCAGAGGUGAUGACUAUGCCAGACUCUUUCAUUCAGCGCCAGCAGCUGGAUGCCAGCAUGGCUGACACCUUCCUGGAGCAUCUCUGUCUGCUGGACAUCGACCAGGAGCCAAUCACAGCGAGAAACACCAGCAUAAUCUGCACCAUCGGUCCUGCAUCUCGAUCUGUUCCCAAACUCCAGGAGAUGGUCAAGGCUGGGAUGAAUAUUGCUCGUCUUAAUUUCUCUCAUGGCUCUCAUGAAUACCACAGUGAGACCAUCAAAAACAUCAGAGAGGCAGUGGAGACAAUGACCUCUGACCCCUUGUACUAUCGACCGGUGGCCAUCGCUUUGGAUACGAAGGGCCCGGAGAUCCGCACUGGCUUAGUGAAAGGGAAAGUGGAAGAGGAGGUGGAGCUGGUAAAGGGUAACCAUGUGCGAGUCGUGACAGCCAAGAGUGACAAAGACAAGACAGAUGGACAGAUUAUCUGGGUGGACUAUCCCAACCUGCCUCAAGUUCUCGAGAAGGGAGCAAGGAUCUACAUUGAUGACGGCCUCAUUGCACUCAAAGUAUUAGAGCUAGGCUCAGACUGGGUGGAUGCGUUAGUGGAAGCAGGUGGGAUGCUCUGCAGCCGUAAAGGCGUUAACCUCCCUGGCCGGGACCUUAUUGGCCUGCAGGCUGUCAGCGAGCAGGAUGAGACUGAUCUGAGGUUUGGGGUGGCUCAUGGUGUAGAUAUGGUGUUUGCCAGCUUCAUCCGCUCGGCCCAGGAUGUGAAGAAUGUGCGUCGAGCUCUGGGGCCACAUGGACGAGAUAUCAAAGUGAUCAGCAAGGUGGAGAGUCGGCAAGGAGUUCAGAAUUUUGAGGAGAUCCUAGCAGAGAGUGAUGGCGUGAUGGUUGCCAGGGGUGACCUGGGAAUUGAGAUUCCUGCUGAGAAAGUCUUCAUUGCUCAGAAGAUGAUGAUUGGGCGCUGCAACUCUGCUGGGAAGCCAGUCAUCUGUGCCACACAGAUGCUAGAGAGCAUGGUGUCCCACCCACGGCCAACCAGAGCUGAGAGCAGUGACGUAGCCAAUGCAGUGCUGGAUGGAGCCGACUGUGUAAUGUUAUCUGGAGAGACUGCCAAGGGACUGUUUCCUUUGGAGGCAGUUGCAAUGAUGCACUCGAUCUGCAGGGAGGCUGAGGCGGCCAUUUUCCACCAGCAGCUGUUUGAGGAGCUACGCCGCCUCACUCCUCUGUCCUCUGACCCCACAGAAGUCACUGCCAUUGGAGCUGUUGAAUCAUCCUUCAAAUGCUGUGCUGGGGCCAUCAUAGUCCUCACCACCAGCGGCAGGUCAGCACAUCUCCUGUCCAGGUACCGUCCUCGAUGUCCAAUCAUUGCAGUUACCAGAAGCCCUCAGGUGGCCCGUCAGUCCCAGCUGUUAAGAGGUGUGUUUCCCGCCCUCUUCCACCCUCUGCCUGCUCCUGUCUGGGCUGAUGAUGUUGACAACAGGGUCAACUUUGGCAUGGACAUAGGGAAAGCAAGAGGAUUCUUUAAGUCGGGCGACAUGGUGAUUGUGGUGACAGGUUGGAUUCCCGGGUCUGGUCACACCAACAUCAUGAGAGCAGUGAAUGUCCCAUAACAACUUGACCUUUCCAACUAAAUCUGACUGACACACUGGGUCUUACAUUGGAUGAAUGUGAUGAAAGCCUGAAAAUCAUGAUAUGAAGAUGACUGUAUUGGACUACAACCCCUUUGUCCACUGAGAUGACCACUUCUAAAUUGUUCACAGAAAUUAAUCAAAUGAGCUCCUGUGUGGGACAUAUAACAUCUCAUGAUGAGCCUCUAUAUGAGAGAUCCUUGCCUUUCUUCUGGAGUUAUUUUUGUGUGUGUGUUUCUUUUCCUCAUUUUAAUGCCAAUGUCAAUUACCAAUCUGUCUGUAAUAUGUAAAUCUAAAGAACCAUUGCAAUAAUGCAGUUAUACAAAGAGGUGCAUCAUGUUACAAUAUAUCACCAUUUACAAUAAACCAUGAUGACAGUAUGACA